UCCAUUCGAGUUCUGUCGCCGCUUGUCGCAUCCAAAAUCGUCAUCGUCGCACCUCUUCCCUUCCGUCAUCCGGCCUUCGAGUCCUGCCUGUUUAACCUGCCCCUCUCCAGGCUCUACUCUACCUGUACUCUACAUUACAUCCAUCUCCGUACAGACACAACAAUCGUCGCUUCGAUCAUCCCCAUCUGCCCCUCGACGACUUUUUGCGCCUCGACACAAUUCGUCGAUUUUAUACCCAUUUCCUUCGGCUUUUCCCCAUAACCGAUCGCAACAAUGGCUCAGCCCGGCGUGCAAUCGUUGAAGUGCGUGGUGACUGGUGAUGGUGCUGUUGGAAAGACCUGUCUACUCAUUUCAUACACCACAAAUGCCUUCCCCGGCGAAUACAUCCCCACUGUCUUCGACAACUACUCGGCGAGUGUUAUGGUAGAUGGCAAGCCUAUUAGCCUUGGCCUCUGGGAUACUGCUGGUCAGGAAGAUUACGACAGACUGCGACCUCUCUCAUACCCCCAGACCGACGUCUUUCUCAUUUGCUUCUCCAUCGUCAGCCCUCCUUCAUUCGACAACGUGAAGGCCAAGUGGUAUCCCGAGAUUGAUCAUCAUGCGCCUAACAUUCCCAUUAUCCUUGUCGGAACCAAGCUUGAUCUUCGAGAAGACGCUUCCACCCUCGAGUCGCUUCGACAAAAGCGCAUGGAGCCUGUGUCAUACGAGCAGGCGCUGACUUGCGCCAAGGAGAUCAAGGCCUACAAGUACCUCGAGUGUUCUGCCCUCACUCAAAGGAACCUCAAGAGCGUUUUUGACGAGGCCAUCCGAGCUGUUCUUAACCCCCGACCCACACCUUCGAAGCAAAAGAAGAACAAGUGCUCCAUUCUGUAGAUAUCCAUCUAAUGAACGCUAUUCCCGCGCGUGGCAAAAGCACGCGUUUGAUUUUCUCAACGAAAGCGUCUGGAUGACGCGAAACGACACGAAGAACUCAGGACGAAUGCUUAAUAGGCAUUCAGCGAUACAAGACGGCGGCUCUUGA